AUGAUGAAACUUUUUAUAAUUUUUCUUUACGUCCUUUUUCCAGUGUUGUCCUUGGGUGUAAAAAAGAAAGCCUUCAACUUUUUAUUUCCAUCCUUUGAACAUAUUAAUAAAAAAAAUAAUUUAAAAAAAUCAAACAAAGGGAUAAAUAAAAAUGAUAAUAUAAAAAUAUAUACAAAUAAUAUUGAAAAGGAUCAUGACAAUAUUAGUGCAAAAAUUAUAUCAUCUAAUAUUGUAUCAAAUUUAAAUUCAGAAAUAAUUAAUAUAGAUGAAAUAAAAAAUAUACUUCCCCAUAGAUAUCCAUUUCUACUUGUUGAUAAAGUAUUAUAUAUACAACCAAAUAAAAAAAUUAUUGGUAUAAAAAAUGUUACAAUGAACGAACAAUUUUUUAAUGGUCAUUUUCCACAAAAGCCAAUUAUGCCUGGUGUUUUACAAAUAGAAGCCUUAGCACAAUUAGGUGGCAUAUUAUGUCUUAAAAAUGAGGAGAAUAAAAGUAAAGACAAUUUAUUUCUUUUUGCAGGAGUAGACGGAGUAAAAUGGAAGAAACCCGUUCAACCAGGUGAUACAUUAGUGAUGGAAGUAGAACAAAUUUUGUUCAAACCCGCACUCGGAAUUGCCAAGUUAAAAGGAGUUGGAUAUGUAGGUAAUGAUACAGUGAUAGAAAUUGAGAAGAUGAUUUUUGCAAUGUCAAAAUGA